CCCAGCUCGAGUCAACCCAACAGCUUGGAACAUUACCAGACUAUUCGAAAUGCUCGAUACAAGCAACUCUAUUGCUCUAACCGCCUUUAUCGUCUCCUUGGUCGCUCUUACAGUGACUCUCCUCCAGCUCCUCCAGCAAUACUUUGCAACAGCGCAGGGCUACAACCGAUGUUCCAGACGACUGAUCGGCGACUGGUCGCGCUUCCGGCAUCGCCACUAUCUGUGGCGCGAAUUUCGGUUUGAGGUCACCUUCGUAAGACCAUAUAUCUAUCUUGGGAAUCUUAAUCCUUCUCACCCCAUUCCGGAUACUGAAGGUCCAUCGGCAACAUGGCACAAUCUGUUUUCUCCCUCCCGAAGAGACCAAAAGUGGCGAGCGAAGUAUCUUGGAAGGUCCAUGAGCAUAAGCGAGCUACCAGGGGAGUUAACUGAUGCCUGCACGCAGGCUUCCUGGACUCUUUUUCUGAAGCACUUGCAGGAAUACAACAGACAUGCUGCAAGGCGUAUGCAGCAUGCCUCUUACGAACCACCAUCACCAUCAACAACGACACAUUCUCCCUCAUCGACCUACGGUAUCUGCAUCAAAUUCGAGCCCUGCACGUGGGACGACCUCCCAGGAAACCCUGGCACACUGACAGGCUCGGUGUCCCUCCGUGACCUAACCAUAUUCACUCGCCUUUUGGGCUUGAACUGGUCAGGUGGGCCAUUUAUGAGUAGCCUACAGAGAUCAGCAUCUAAAGAGGAGAGUAAAUCGAGCACGAGCUUGUCUCCCAGAGGCAGCCUCCAGGCAUCAGGAAACACCCUCAUCCUCGCAGAAAGGUCCACUCCGCUGCUGCGCUACGAGCAACAAGACUUCACCCCGCCCCGGCUCCACCUCUCCCGCAGGGAGACCUUCAUCAUUCAUCCCGGGGCGGUGGCAAUGUUCUACGGACGGAUUCUCCUAGACCCCGUUCUCUUCCCAGCCCACUCCCAAUCCGUCGUUCUGGACGGUGACCAGGCCUGGGAGACCCUCUCCAGCACCAUGUGGCUUCCACUCCCACCACGAGCAAGUCUAGUCAACAUUCUCCCAGCCUUGUGUUCCGCGAUUCUCAGCGAAAGAGAUCUCUACUCAGUGCGCGUGCCGAGACCGCACCGGUACCUCCUUGGUCCGUUCACCAGACCCAAAAUUGCGAUGAUCUUCAAGCGCGGUGUAGAGGGUAUACAAUCCCAGCAGCAGCAGCAACAAGAAGGGAGUCCUUCGAGUGUUGUGGACGGAAUCUUAGAGGCUAUCAACGAGCUAGAGCAGUUCCCUCGACCACAACAACACCCCGCCCCCCACGUAUCAGACUACUGGACCGUGUCGCAAGGCGCAUAUCCAGCCUGGGCCACAGACUUAGAAACCUCCCCCGAAGCCAGCUUCUUCAACGAGAGGGUUCACCACUGGUUAUCCUGGAUCCAGCAGGAACUCAGCCAGCUUGUCUCCCGGGAAGAUGAUUAUAUCAGACCCUACAGCUUCUUCCACUGGGAUCUGGUCUCCUCAUUCCUCGAGUUCAUCGUCGCCUUCGAAGGCGGUGGCGAGGAGGCGGCAGCGCAGGACGACCAUGAUGAAAACCCCGUCGCCACCUGGCGCCGAAACAUGCACGCCCUCUUCGACCACCUCCCCACUAUCGAAGCCCAUGUUCGCAGGCGCGGGAGACGACGCGCCGAGAUGUGCGCCAAUGGAUACCACAUGUCCCCAACCACCGGCCUGGGGGACCAGUUCGAUGUUGUGAUCUCGUGUGAGGGGGUGGUGGGGUAUGACCAGGUUGGUUCGGAGGAGAUUCGCGAUGCGUGUCUGGGGAUGAUUUUUCGGGCCAUGUGUUGGCAUCGGUGUCAUUAUAUGAGUCCGGAGGAUGAGCCGUUCCGGUCCGACUUUUAUGGCAACAUACAACAGGUGGGGAUUGAAUAAGGUGACUUGUAGUCUGAAGGGAUAAGGUGGGUCAGUUUAGCAUGGCUCAACCUGCAUGGUGUUUCCUCAAGCUUGGGAUCAGAGAAAUCCGAAUAGUCGCGG